UUAGCCAAAUUUCAACGCGCCUUCGUCGAGUUCGAACGUGCGACGCGGUACUUGGUUCUUCUCUUCGUCUUUGUGGAUUUUGGCUGUUUCCCGCCCAGAAAAUAUUAAGCAUAGAAUCAUUAAGUUUCCCGCUGCUCGCAUAAAACCGCCAAUUGAAACACACACAACACACAAAAUAUCAACAGAAAAUGCCGAGUAAAACAAACACAAUAACAAUAGUGCAAAUAUAUUCAAAUAAUAUAUAUUGAGUCCCGAGCCGUCUCGAAUCGGAAAUCGGUCUUGGAGAAUAUUCCAAUACGUGAGAAAACCGGGCAAAAACUUUCAGUUUCGUUUUCUUCUUUCAUUGCUGCCGCAACCGGCAAAAGAGAGGGAAGUGUUUCGUUAGUGGUCCGAGCGCCAGACGAGCACGAGCUAUCGAAAAGGAAGAGGAGAAUAGCGGAAUAGAAGAAGUACGAGGAGGUGCUAGCGUACCGCUACUUCGCUUAUUUCGCGAUUUUUUUUGUGAAUUGCCGCCAGACGGUAGUGCAGAACCGCAGAAACAACCAGAACAAAUCACCAAGCAAAUACAAAAUAGAAAAUCCACAAGCGUGAAUUUUCGAGUGAAACACAAUUUACCAAAAUAUAUUCAAAUCGAAAAGCUUAAGCGAGAAAAAUCCCCGAAACGUCUUUACGGCAAAACGCGCGUAAUAGAAGGAGGAGACAAUUUUUUUUUGUGUCCCUUUUUGUUGGUGUUUUCUCCCAGACGAUCACAUGAAUUGAGAGAAAGAGAGAUAAAAGAAAAGCAGUUAGAAGUUCUAACAAAUUGGAUUAAAUUAAUUUCUGACGAACUGGCAAUAUCCACGUCGAUAUUCCAGAAAUAACGGAUUCCACUUGGAAAACAAACGCAAAAGUCAACUCCGCAAAGAUGGCACUCCAGUUAUUUGACUAUAUGAACAGCUUCAGUCUGGCGAAUAUAGAAGAGGACAUGAUUUUCAAUAGUCCCCAAUUCAUGAUCGACGAUCUCUUCGAAGGCGUGGUCUCCAGUAGCAUCCAGAGCGACCUGGCAAAGAUCGAGUCGCGCGAGGGAAUCGAUUACUUUGACGAUAUGGAGGACACAAAGCCGGAAAUCCGCAACGGAGACUGCAUGUGGUCUGCCUCCUCCAGUUGCCAAGGCGGCGGCAGCGCCGCUCACAACAACAGCGCCGCCUCCAGCUACAGCGAUGGCAUCGCCAUCCCCCUGUCUAUUGUAUCCGGCGGGGCCAAUCCCUAUCAAUGCCAAGAGCAGCAGCAGAAACAGAACAGCGGCGCCAAGCCAGGAGCCCUGUCAGAGGACGAUCUCCCCGUGAUUAUUAAACAGGAGCCGCUGGACGACUACCUGCCAUCCGUGGAGAAGCGUCCUCGCCUCAGCGCCACCGAAAAGGGGUCAACUCACCCGCUCACACAUACACAGUCGGAGAGCACAGCCUACAUUGCCGCUGAUCAGCUGAUCCCGCCCGGCGGCAGCCUUCUUCGCAAGCGCAACGUACCACAACAGGCUCCGCGUUGCAAGAAUGUGGCAUCGCCUGUGGCCGAGACCAAGCCUGCACCCAAAUACCUUUGCCCCGACACGCCCCCUCACAGCAUUCCCGACGAGAGUGCGCCGGGCAAGGCACCCAUGUUCCGCCACAAUGUGGAUCUGAGGGCCUGCGUCAUGGGUAGCAACAACAUCUCGCUGACCAGCGAAGGCGAUAUCAGUUGCAUUGACCAGAUCAGCCGGGAGCUUCAGAACGCCGGCAAGAAUCUGUUAUCGUUUUUCCCGGUGCCGGAAAUCAACGAUGUCAUGGACGUACUCAGCCAGGAUUCUCAGCAGCAGUCCCAGCAAUCCCUACAGUCGCUGACGAUACAGCAGUCGUUGGAGGUGGCUGCAAAUCCGAAAAUCCGCAAGGUAUCGCCGCCCAAUAGCGGCUCCGACUACGACUCUGAUGACGAAACCUACCGCAACAUGCACAAGAGCACGAUGCUCAUGCGGCACAUCAGCGAUCACAGUUAUACACGCUGCAACGAGCUGGACGACAGACACGCCCCGGAGACUCCAUCAGAUUCGGAUGAGGAAAUCGAUGUUGUGUCAUUCCCAGACAAGAAGCAACUGCAAUUCCCCGUCGGUGAGCUGGCCCUGCUGGAGAAGGUGGCCCAUCAAAUCUCGAAUGGAAUCAACCAAAAGAAACAGCGUUACGGCAACUACAUUAUGCCGUAUACGCCUGCGAGCAGUAGUCCGGUGAAGUCGGUGGCCAAUUCGCGUUAUCCUUCGCCCUCGAGCACGCCCUACCAAGCCUCUUCGCAAUCGUACUCGCCCCUGACCGUUGACUCGUCGAAUACCAGCAGCAGCAGCAGCAGCUCAAGCAGCUCCAGCUCCAGCUCCGGCUAUGGGUGCGGCGUGGCCGCCAAGGGACACAAGCGCUACUACCUCAAGGUCAAUGGCAGUGGCAACGGUAACACAAGCGCCGCCAGCAACUUCAACGGUAUGUCCAUGCACAAGAUGGCCAACAACAACAACAGCAGUAGUAGUAGAAUCAUCAGCAAAAAGUGUCGCAGCAAAAAGUCCACCCUAUCCACGAGCUGCUCCCCAGAGCUGGAAUCGCCGGUGAGCAGCACUGAGGCCGAUGCCUCCAACAACUGGAUGAACGAUAUGAACAGGAUACCCAAGCAUAAUUCUACCUCUACCGUGGGCACUCUCGCUCGCAGCAGCCAGCGCUUUAGCGUGGACGAGGCCGACACCAUUGAGAAGCGCAACCAGCAUAACGACAUGGAGCGCCAGCGCCGCAUUGGCCUCAAGAACCUGUUCGAAGCCCUCAAGAAGCAGAUACCCACCAUUCGUGACAAGGAGCGCGCCCCCAAGGUGAACAUUCUGCGCGAGGCUGCCAAGCUCUGCGAGCAGCUGACCCACGAGGAGCACGACCUGGCCAUGGAGUACCAGCGGCUCAAGGAAAAGAAUCGCAAGCGUCAGGAGCUAUUGGCGCGCCUGCGCUCCGCCUCCACAGUCCACACAGUGACGGAUGAGAGCCGUAAGUGGGUGGGUCAGAGACCUAAGUAAACCCAAUAAUUGAGUUUCAGUUAGGUGAUGAUGCGGCGGCGUAUUUUUUAUAGGACAGGGCAGCAGGCGUAACGAUAUAACGAAUAUGAUCUAUGAUAUACUAGCGUAAGGCCUUUAAACGUUCGAUACGGUUUACCAUAUUACUAUUCUAUUCUAUUCAAUUCUAUUUUUUUUUGCUCUUGACCUUAAGCAUUUUUUUGAAACUUCAAUAUCUGUUGGUAGGAUACGAUCUAAGGAGUAGGUUAAGUGGCCAUUGUAUAUAUUUUGGGCCUUGCUAUUCACUUUCAAGCCAAUCCCCAGUUUUCUGCUUACCGCUAGGGGGUGAUUGGGAGGUGAAACAACGAAGUUUGAUUUCUUUAAUGUGAUAUAUAUAAUUUUUCUGAAUCAGAUUUGAUUUCGGUAUCUUAAGGAGACCGAACCAAGGAGAAGACCCAGGAACAGAGAAAGGGAAAACUACAAAAAUUAACGAAAACUGUUUUAUGUUUUAUUGAAGUUUCAUUUAGGUACACAAAUAUAAGCUAUAGGAUAUGUUAAGAUUAAAGCUAGGCUUAGAUUAUUACACCUUAUUUUUUUGUUUUGAUUUAGCAACUUAACUAAACAUGAAGUAAACAGAGCCGGAAACGGACGAGAACCAGGACAAGGAACCAAUCAAUGAAAACCUAACAACAAAAUGAAAAAAACGAAAAGAAAAGGAAACUACAAAACGAACGAAAGGGAAAGGGAAACAAUAACGGGAGAACGGAAAACAGACAAAAGUUACAACGAAAGAGCCACAAAGAAAAAGAGAAGGAGGAGACCAAGAGAGUGCGUGAUGAAAUUAGGAGGAGAGUACAGAUGCAGAUUCAGAUUCAGAUUCAGACUGAGAUCCAUUUAUGGGAUCUCAGAUCCAUCUAUGGGAUCGUAAGAGCGAUCGUCAGGAUAUAGGAUAAAGCUGAAAGUAUAACUUUUGGUUAAUAAGGCUUCCAGGAGUAAGGUACCAGAAUUGUACGUAAAGCCAGCCCAACGGGAUCGAACGAUGAUUUCAUUCUGAAGCAUCCCAUCCCGGUAUCCUCGACCCUGACACAGACACAUGCAAGGGGAAACUUAAUUCAAAUCUUGUUGUCGAUAGUCGAUAGAGUUACAACUUUACCAGAAUAUAAAUAUUUAUAUACAUGUAUUUAGUAUAUAAAAGGCAUAUAUUGGAUAUCUCUUUUUAUACGCUCUUCAAUUGGUAUACGGAUCAAUACUAUGCCUCUACACACACGCAUAUAAUUAUAUUUAUAAAGAGACGCAUCCAUUGAGAAGAUUAGACCGCGCAAAACACAGCUAACCCAUAUGGGAGAACUUGAAUGCUUUUGCUUAGAAACACUUUCCCAGAACCAGACCAGAGGAAACGCUUUUUAUACACACCCAAGAAAUACUUGAACGCUACUGCCUAUAGAAAGAAAAUACAUUUCAUUUGCUAUGAAGAUUCGCAUAUGAUACAUAUACAUAUAUUUAGACAACCGGAACACUUUUACAAUUGUGUAUAUAUGUAAUUACCUUAUAUACAUAUAUGCAGAUACAACAUUAUGAUUUUCUUGUUGUUUCUUUCAUAAAAAUAUAUAUUUUUUUUUUGCUAUAUGUAGGAUAUUUGUAUUUAGGAUAUUCUUUUUUUUAACCGGAAUUCACGAAACUUAACGAAAAUAAAUAGAGGGAAGAAUUAAGAAAACUAUUUAAUAGUUCUACCAACCCUAGAGAAAGAAAGGGAAGAUAAUGAGAAUGAGAAAGAGAAAGAGAAAGAGAGCGGUGAAGUUGGCUGCAAAGUUUGUUGUUGGAGAUAGCCCCCGCAGAUAAUACCCAAACCCAGACCUAGCCCAAGAGAACUCAAACUUUUGUGAGCUGUUUAACUGUCGAUUUUUGCUAAUAAGUUAUAGCCGGGAAAUAUGUUAUGUAUGAUUAACGAUUAAACCAAUUGUUUACACGCAUAUAUUAUACAACCAUAUACAUAUAUAUAAAUAUAUAUAUAUUUAUAUCAACUAUAUAACCACUAUAUACAAAUAUCCAUAUAUGUAUAUACCACUAAACGAUGGGAAAAGUAAAUGAAGUUAAAAACGCAAGCGAAACUAUAAACCCCAACUAAAAGGAAAAGUAAACUGUUAUUUAGGUUUAGACACAAAACAAAACAGAAUAAAACAAAAAAAGAGUUACAAAUUAUGACCAGAACCAUAUAUACCCUAUAGGCUAGGGCGUGAGAAACAGUGCGAGCGAAAGAGAUAGGGAGGGAGCUAUAUAAUUUAUAUACAUAACACGGAUCCCGACGAAGGCAGGCAAAAAUGUCUAUAAUUUAGAAUGAAGUUUCAACGAAAUUUAAGCAUAGACCUCUACCCUACAUAUAAACAUGCCUGAAAGUUGAUAUAUUUCCUAACGAAACAUUUUUUUUUUUAUAAGUUUUCUGAUUAUAAUGAAGACAUUAUUACAUUUUUUCUUUGAUUGUUUUACGCCGCCGCAAAGUUUUUUUUUUUCUUAAUUACUAAAAAUUACUUCAAGAUUUAACGCUAUUUUCUAUAUUAUAAUUAAACUAAGCUACGACAAGAAACACUGUUAAUCGAAAAACUAUACCAGGGGUAUGGAUUGCCCCUGAAAAAAAAGAAACAAACUAUUGAACUUGGUAUAUUUUUUUUUGGGUAUUGUUUUCACAAAUGUGUACACACUGUAAAUAGAAAUCUCGUUAAAUAAUAGUUACACACACAGACACACAUAUACUGAAAAAAAAAAACAAAACUGAAAAUAUGCAAAGUAGAAACAGAGAGAAAUAUUUUUGUAAGAGCCGGAGAGAAAACACAAAGCAAUAGACUUAAGCGAAAUUGUACAACGCGAAAAACGAAACAAAGCAAAACCAACUUCAAUAAACCAACAAAAAUACACUAUACCUAUACCACACACAAAAAUACACACGAAUGCACCUAAUUUCCUAUAGUACAUACAAGCAGAAAUAGUUUAAACAAAUCCUGUUUUCUUUCCAUUUCUAUGAUUUCGGCGGAGAGAAACGGAGAGAAACA